AUGUCGUCCACCGCCCUUCCCAAGCGCGUUGCGCUGCACCGCAACACCACGGACAACUCGGUGCCCAGCUCGGUAUCGCCCUCGCCCUUUGACAGCCCUCGUCAGUCGCCAUCGUCGACCUCGCUGUCCUCGCUGGCGUCGGACCAGGAGGCCCGCGGCAAGAUGCUCGACACGUGGGGCAAUGAGUUCAAGAUCCCCGACUUCACCAUCAAGCAGAUCCGCGAUGCCAUCCCCGCGCACUGCUUCCACCGGUCCGCGGCCACCAGCUUGUACUAUGUCUUCCGCGACAUGACCAUCCUGGCCUCGGUCUUCUACCUCUUCCACAACUAUGUCACCCCCGAGACUGUCCCGUUGCUGCCCGCCCGCGUGGCCCUGUGGACGCUGUACACCGUCAUUCAGGGUCUGGUCGGCACCGGCGUGUGGGUGCUGGCUCACGAGUGCGGCCACCAGGCCUUCUCGCCCUCCAAGGUGCUGAACGACACCGUCGGCUGGAUCUGCCACUCGCUGCUGCUGGUCCCCUACUUCUCCUGGAAAAUCUCCCACGGCAAGCACCACAAGGCCACCGGCAACAUCGCCCGUGACAUGGUGUUUGUGCCCAAGACCCGUGACCAGUACGCCACUCGCGUCGGCAAGGCUCUGCACGAGUUGGGCGAGCUGAUGGAGGAGACCCCCAUCUUGACAGCCCUCAACCUCUUCCUGCAGCAGCUGUUCGGCUGGCCCAUGUACCUCAUUACCAAUGUCACCGGCCACAACAACCACGAGCGCCAGCCCGAGGGCCGCGGCAAGGGCAAGGCCAAUGGCCUCGGCGGCCGUGUCAACCACUUUGAUCCGUCCAGCCCCCUGUACGAGGCCCGCGAUGCCAAGUACAUUGCCCUGAGUGACCUGGGUCUUUUCCUCACUGGAAGUGCGCUGUACUAUAUCGGAACCACCUAUGGCUGGCUCAACCUGCUGGUGUGGUACGGCAUUCCCUACCUGUGGGUCAACCACUGGCUCGUGGCCAUCACCUUCCUCCAGCACACCGACCCGACCCUGCCUCACUACCAGCCCGAGGUGUGGAACUUUGCCCGUGGAGCCGCGGCCACCAUCGACCGCGACUUUGGCUUCGUCGGCCGCCACAUCUUCCACGGCAUCAUCGAGACCCACGUGCUGCACCACUAUGUCAGCAACAUCCCCUUCUACAACGCCGACGAGGCCAGCGAGGCCAUCAAGGGCGUCAUGGGACAACACUACCGCACCGAUGCCCAGACUGGCUGGACGGGCUUCUUCAAGGCCCUUUGGACCAGCGCCCGCGUCUGCCACUGGGUCGAGCCCACUGAGGGUGCCACUGGUGAGAGCCAGGGUGUGCUUUUCUAUCGCAACACCAACGGCAUCGGUGUCCCGCCGGCCAAAAUGGCCAACUAG